CCAUUCGGUUUUAUUUUCCGGUCACUUCCACUGUGAAAAAAUGUCAUUUUGGUGAUGAAUGCAGCAGUUAGCUUCAGUAAUGUUUGCUUCGUACGGAAUCAGAAAAGUUGGUGAUUACCCAGAAAGCUCUGCUGUCGCCAAAGGUUUCUGCUGUUCUGCGUGAGGGGACGGGUAUUCAUCGAGGAAGUGAAGGGGAGCAUGAUGGCUCUGGGUGCUACUUUAGUUUAGUGUAAACACAGUAGAAGAUGGAAGCUACGUGUUUAGCCCGCGUCCAUCGGUGUGGAGCUGACCCCUGCAGUUAACUAAUGCUCGGUAUCACGGGAACCGCCGCUGCGCUGCUAAGUUUCGGUUAGUCUGCGUCUCUGAGGGAGGGAAACGUCCAUGAUGGAGGAAGUUGACAGGAUUCUGAUUCACGCCCUGAGACAGGUCGGGACAGAGGUGGACGAGGACGUCGACAGCAUCAGACAGUUCACCAGCGAGCUGCUGGUGGAGGGCGUGGUCAGGUGUAUUCGAGUCAUCGACCCCGGCCUGGGCGGCGGCCUGGCCCCCUCCCUCCCUCCCGGCAUGUCUGCGCGGUUCAGAGUGGGCAUGAGCCUGGCACAGGCCUGUCAGGACGUCGGCUACAAAGGCGAGAUCGGUUAUCAGACCUUUCUGUACAGCAGUGAGCCAGAGAUCCGCUCCCUGCUGAUGUUCCUGGUGGAGAAGCUGCCCAGAGAGAGCGCUGAGGCCUCGGCCCAGCCCUCAGGCAAGUCUGCGGUCCUCCAGAGAGCCAUUGCUGCUGCCAUCAGAGCCCAGCUGGACCUGGCCUGGGUGCCCCCAAACUGCAGCUUGCCCCUGCACUGUGAAACACAGAGUGGGGGGGUGUUGAACAGCUUCUACACUCAGCCCCUCAGCUCACCACACUGCACUAAAGGCUCAGAGGAGAACCUCAAAGAGGUGAAAGAAUACCGCAGAGAUGUUCUUCCUCCAGUGACUGCUCAGUUUUCCAGCAGCGCCUCCAUGGUGGCGUCGCUAUUGGAGCAGCACGCCGCAGAGCUGAGCGCCGCUCAGGAGUGGGACGGCGAGUGGAAGAGUCAGGGCCUCCUGUCCCGCCUCACUCCCCAGGAGUACCGCUCCAGGAAGCUGGCCCGGCUGCAGAAACGCAUCCAGGAGCAGCUGCGCUCCGCUGCGCAGCCCUCGUCUGAAAGUGCCUUUGGUGUUUCUCGCCCCGCCUCUGACCUGAUGGAUGUCCUCCAGUCCUUCAGAGCCUCCGCCCCCACUGAACAUGUUCUAAAGAAGGGCACCCACUUCACCCACACUCAGAAGUUCACCUUCACACAGGAGGCGGCGGCAGCAGCAGCGGUGACCCCCAUCCUCAGCGCGCAGGAGUCAAGCGGUGAUGUGCAGCUCCGGCAGCAGGAGGAGCUGUCUGCUCUGCAGGCGCAGUUCCAGCAGCUCUGCAGUGAUGUGGACCACCUGGCAGCAGACAUGAGGCGCACUGCUGUCACUCAUGCACAGGUGUUGGAUGAGCUGAAGCAGAGGGAGCUGGGAAACACUGAGAAGGAGGAGAAGCUUCAGGUGAAGAAGAAGACCAUCGACCUGCUGCCAGAGGCCGACAACAACGUGAUCCAGCUGCAGUCUCUGGUGGAGGCCAGCGCCAAGCGAGUGGUGAACCUGGCGUCCCAGUGGGAGAAACGUCGAGCUCCACUCAUUGACGAGCAUCGCAGACUCAAAGAAAUCUGCAGUCGUCAAGAUCUGGAUUCUUCCAGAAAGCUGUCUGAGAUCAAGUCUCUGCAUGAAAAAAUCCACGUGUCCACAGAGGAGGCCAAGAAGAAGGAGGAGACGUACAAGCAGCUGCUGACAGAGUUGGAAAGUCUUCCUCAGGAUGCGUCUCGCUCAGCAUACACUCAGAGGAUUCUGGAAAUCGUCAGCAACAUCAAGAAGCAGAAGGAGGAGAUAACAAAGAUUUUGUCAGACACGAGGGAGCUGCAGAAGGAGAUCAACAGCCUGACGGGAAAACUGGACCGGACUUUUGCUGUGACUGAUGAGCUGGUCUUUAAGGACGCCAAGAAAGAUGAAUCCGUCCGAAAAUCCUACAAGUACCUGGCCGCUUUGCACGAAAACUGUAAUCAGCUGAUUCAGACCAUCGAGGACACGGGCACAAUACUGAGAGAGAUCCGAGAUCUGGAGGAGCAGAUCGAGACCGAAAACGGGAACAAAACUGUGGCAAACCUGGAGCGGAUUCUGGAUGACUUCAAGGCCAUUCGUCAGGAGAACGCCGCCCUCGCUGCCAAAGUCAAAGAGGGCUGACUCCCCUGCUCCUCUGUCUGUACCUGUAGCUCAAAGCCAGCCUGUGCUGGAUGGAGGCAGCUCUCCCUGCUUGUGGAGGCUGUGAUUUCUGUAGAGUCGGGCUGAUUUUGGAGCAUCAAAACUAAUCCAGUAAUGUAAUGUGCAGCACGGACGGAGCACACCUUCAUACCAAGCUGAACGCUUCUCUCAGUUUGGGACUUGAAAGCUGCAUCAAACUGAGAGGCUCACACAACGAUGAUUUCCUAACACAUGAAAUAUUGAUCCAAUUUCAGACCUCAUCAGUUUUGUCAGGAUUUUAUAUUUGAACUUAAAAUGUUGAGUGAAUGGCAUUUGAAUGUAAUCGAAGAUGAAAGCUGUUGAGACGCGGCACACAAGUGCAAACAUGAAUAAAGAUGCCUUACACG